AUGGCGCCGUGUCUGUUGAUACCUUCUCCCAAAGAGGAUGAUGAUCAUAAGGAUGAGGUGAUUGCAGCCAUUGCCAAGGAGGUAUGUAAAGGUACUGGAGAGGAGGAGGAAUUUCAUUUUCCAGAGUAUUGCUUCUACAGCCUCGCCGAAAGAAAAGUGGUGAGCCUCAACAAUGUGAGGAGCAAGAGUAACAUUGUCAUACCCGAUCAUGCAAUUUGCGUCGGGUCCUCCCACGGAUGGCUGGCCUACUUGGAUCCUCAUGAAUGUGCUCUCUUUUUAACCAAUCCUCUGGUCUCCCCUGUUCCGCCCACAAUCCGCCUUCCUAGGCUUCCUCGGUUCCUUAUCCCAGAGUCAUGCUCUGAUUUUAAAAAGCUUGUCAUGUCAUGUUCUCCAUCUUCUGACAACAACGACUGCACCGUAAUGGUGACUAUAUCAUGCAAUUGUCAUAAUCUUGUCUUCUGUAAAGUAGGCGAUUCUUCUUGGACUGAGCUAGAAGCCGAUCAUGAGGUGAUUGUGUAUUCGAACAAGGAUCAGCUGUUCUAUUCCAGGAACUACUACGACGGAUCAAAAUUUGCAGCUUGGGAUCUUCGCAAUUCUUGUUCCCCACAUAGAAUUGAUAUCGACUCGGCCUUCGCUUAUGGGAUGCCCGACUACCCGGAGUCAGAAAAGAAACAAAGAGAGAGAUACCUUUAUGGGAAUUGGCAACACUACCUGGUGGUGGAGUCACAUUCUGGGGAUGUUUUGCUUGUUUCCAAGUACUGCGAUUUUCGAUCCCCUUUGAGGACGAUUCGGAUCGAUGUUUAUAGGCUCAAUGCACCCAAAAGAGGUUGGGACUAUGUGACAGACCUUGGUGAUGGAGUUGUGUUCGUGGGAUUGAACCAAGCCUUCCAUUUAUCAGCUCUUGAUUUCGCUCCUGGGGUAUUGAUCCCCAAUUCUAUCUAUUUCACUCCUGAGAAUGACAAAUUAGACUAUGAGAUGGGUAUUUACAACAUGAGAGAUUUCACAGUCACAUCCUUUUUCCCGUCUCAUCUCCAUCCGUUCAACAAGAUUCAUCAGCCACCCCCCAUUUGGCUCACCCCUAACCCAUGGAACAAUUAA